AUGCAGAUCAAGAAGCUGCUGACCAACUAUGCCAUCCUGAAAUACUAUGUUGUGAAUGAAGAGGCAACCAUCCAAUGUGAUGCCAGUAAGAUGAGGGUCGCAAACUCUAAACUUAACAAUUUUUCUCGCCUGGAACCAACACUUCAACUCCUUGGUGUGCAGUUUGACCAAAAUGAGGCCCAAAAUAUCAUGACUGAACAGCAUGGGGCUGCAACCAAGCUUUUGUAUCAACUGUAUGUUGCCCUAGAAAAAAAGAAAAAGGCGGGGCUCACAGGAGUAGCCAUGGAAGCAAUGAGACCUGCAGCACCUGCAAAGCUCCAGGGCAUUGAGAGUGAGUUGUAUCGAGAGCGUCUUAGAAACCUAAUGCCACGGCAGACUGACUUGAGACUGCAGCAGGUUUCAGAGCAUUUUGAAAUGAAAUCUAAGCACAUGGAAAAUAAAAUAGCUCAUAUACAGUUUGCAGAACAACAGAAAGUUAAAAAAAUCCAGGAGGAGCAAAGAGCCCAAGACAUUGAAAAGCAUCGUAAAGGAAGAAGGAGACAAAAUGAAAUAAUGGCCAGGAUUCAAGCAGCUAUUAUACAGAUUCCAAAACCACCACUAAACCGUACCUUGAAAGCUACUGAAGCCCAAAAAUUGUUAAAAAAGAAAAAAGAAGCAGAGGAUGUAUACAUGGAAAUUAAGAAGUUUGAGAAGUUUAUGAGGAAAGAGAGCCCUUCUUCUAGUAGCACCCAAGUCACUGACAGCAAUGUACAGGACACCUUGCAGAUACAGGAGUUAGACACAGCAGCUCCAGACACCACAGCCCAGACAACUACUGAAUUGUUGAGCACUUAUUCAGAUGAUGAAUAUAUAAGAAAAAUUCAAAAACGUCUAGAGGAAGACAGUUUUGCCCGGGAGCAACGAGAAAAGAGACGACGGAAGAUGUUAAUGGAACAGCUAAUAGCCCACGAAGCACAAGAGGUGAGGUAUUUGUGCCAAUAUGCUGUAUCGCAUGCAGAAUGA